AUGCCAAAUGGUGCUGCCGGGGAUGAUAUUCAUCAAAGAUUUGGCCCACCUUCCGUCCACACGAUGACAUCAAAUUCUCCUAUAGCAGGGUUUCCCAACUCUGGGCCUGGUAUUGUACCCCAUCCAUCUGGCGGAAUUUAUCAAGGAGGUUCUAAUGUUGCCGGGGGGUACUAUGGUAAUAAUAGUCCGGGUCCUUCCUGCGUAAUUGGACCUCCUGUGUAUGGUAUUGCUCAGCCGCCUAUUCACCAUCACCACCAUCACUCUCAUCAAGUACAUCAACAACAGUCUCAACAGAUGCACCCCCAGCAACAAUCUCCUCAACAGCAACAAUCGUAUUCGACUAGUAUCAAUGAACUCCCCCUUUCUGGCUCAAACACUUACGGUGCACAAGGGGCCUACCAUUUGCCUAUGGCAGACAAGCUGCCUGUUGGUGUAGGACCUGGAGUAUACUCUUCACUCAGCUCUAGACAACCAGGUCAAAUUGCGCCUUCUCUUCUUACAACAACAUCCAUGGGACCAAAUUCAGAACACAAUCAGCCUCCUACCUUCUCUUCUUCAGAUCCUAUUGCUGGCACAAUUCCACUUGGGGGUAAGCCUUGUGCUACAGCAAGAUAUCCUUCUCAAAUGCAAUUGAGCUCAGAUGGUCGAGUUACUAACUGCAAUAGUCAAUAUCAUCCAACAGGACAGCGACCUAUCCCACCAAAUAGUAAUUUAGGUAAGAAUUUGGAAGCCUAUACUUACUUUUUUUCCUUGUUUUACAAAGCAAGUUUUAAAGCCUUUUGCUUUAUGUAUAAUGUAUUUUAUUCAGCUUUGAUUAGUUCAUGA